AUGUUGCGAGUCAAGUCGGUUGUUUCACGGCCCGCCCUGGCACGAGGCCUCCAAACGUUUGAAGCAUUAGACUCUCAGGUUAAUGUUCUUCGUAACGGAAAGACUGUAGUGUCUCAGGGUACUGGCGGGCGCUCCUCCCGCUCGGGAUACACAGUCACCGUUUUUGGCGCUGCUGGAAACGUUGGCACUAUGCUUGUCUCCAAGCUUGCCCGUCAUGGUACUCUUACCGUGGUUCCUUACCGUGAGGAAAUGUUCAAGCGUCAUCUCAAACCCGCAGGAGACCUAGGCGUAGUGAACUUCCAGGAGUUCGACUUACGGAACAUUCAGUCCAUCGCAGACUCUGUAAAGUCUAGCGAUGUCGUCGUAAACUUGGUUGGCCGCAGCUGGGAAACCAAAAACUUCAGCUUCUACGACGUUCAUGUCGAGGGUGCUCGCCGUAUUGCCCAAGCUGCAAAGGACGCAGGCGUACCCCGCUUCGUUCAUGUUUCGAGCCACUCCGCCGACAUCAAUUCGCAUUCAAAGUUCUUGGCUACCAAAGCAGAAGGUGAAGAGGUUGUCCGUAGUAUUAUUCCCGAUGCUACCAUCGUUCGUCCGGGUCCCGUUUACGGUGGCACCGAUCGUCUUCUCCAGCCCAUGGCUACUCGCAAGUUUUUCCUUACCGCAAACAACGGUCAGGAGGUUAUUUAUCCUACUCAUCUACUGGAUUUGGCCACUGCCCUCGAGAAAAUUGUGUACGACGAUGCAACUGCUGGUCAGCUAUUCGAACUUUAUGGAAAUGAGUCUUUCACCAUGCGCGAGAUCCAUGACCAGGUCAAAGAUGGUGUAAAGAAGGAUCUACAUUUUGUCAACCUUCCAAAGAAAGUGCUCAAGUUGAUUGCAGAGUUCUUCCAGGUUGCCGCUUACUGGCAAGGCCCCCUAACUCCUGAUGAGGUUGAGCGCAUGUUCGUCAACCAGGUUAUUUCAAAAGACGCCAAGACCUAUGCUGAUCUCGGUAUCACCCCUCAGAAGUUGGCUGAUCAUCUUCUUUUCAUGGUUCGUUGGCACCGCCCGAACACUUACUUGCACGACUCUGUGGAGUCUGAUCGUCGGCGCAAGAAGACUAGCGAAGAUUUCGCCAAUAUCGUAGACUGA